AUGUGCAGAGAAAUAGAGGAUGUAAUAGCAAUAACAAUCGACUACAUGCAGAAUCUGUCCCUUUCCCAUAUUCCUGUGCAAGAGGAUCUACGAGUCCUUGAACUUAGAGGAUGCGGACUACAGAGAAUAAACGCACAACUAUACCAUUUGCUGCCUUACCUAUCCCACCUCGAUUUGGGAUACAACCAAAUUCAAUUUUUAUCAGAAGACGAGUUCCACGACCUUCGUAGACUCCACAUCCUUAAACUGGAUGGCAACCUUUUGCCGGUCAUUCUGGAAAAGACAUUCAUCCACCAACAACAACUAAAAUAUUUGUGUUUAGCGAAAAACCGGUUAGCUAAGAUAACAGAUACUGCCUUUUUGAACCUUACUAACUUGAUAGAGUUGGACAUUAGUUACAAUAAGUUGAGUAAAUUAGAACCGUUCGCGUUGACUCAUAUUGCAGACACCUUACAAAGGCUAGUGAUUAGCGGGAAUAACUUCACGUUGUCUUUAAUAAAGUUAUUCUUGCAAACGUUGUACAGAGUGUGGCACCUCGAAAUAGCACAUAUGAAACUAUCAGUAUUACCAGAAAAGUUCCUACCAGAUCGAAUAAAGAAACUCAAUAUAUCGUGGAACAAUAUUACAAACCUAAACGUACAUACUUUUCCUAAGCAAUUACAAGAACUAGAUAUUUCUUUUAAUAAAAUUAAAGGCCUAAAUGACAGCGUGGUUGUAAAGUUGGAAACGCUGAAAUAUGUAAAUUUUACAGGAAAUCCUUGGUCUUGCGAUUUGUGUCAUAUAACCUCCAUUUUAUUUCGCAUCAACAAGACCUCGAUGUUCAAAAACUCGGUAUGUGCCUCGCCAUCUAGACUUGUAAAUAAAGAAAUAGUGAAUCUGCGCUUUGAAGACAUAACUACUUGUGAAGUGACUAAUGGUUCCAGUGACAAAAUACCUACCGAUAAACUCAGCUUACUGGUCGGCUUAUUGUGUAUUAUAGUUUUCGCGAUAUUUUCUAUUAUUUUUGUUGUGUGUUCGUGUAUGAAACGACAUUCGGAAAAUCUAGAAAGGCAACGAAAACGAACCGAACGGGCAGAAAAUAAUAUCGAAAAUGCCACUGCGGUUUUUUGUAAGGGAGAGAUAAGUUUCAAAUUCCCUUUAGAUUUAACAGAAAGAAAGAUGUCAGUGUCAACUAUAGAUGAGAUCAAAAAGGAUUCACAACAAAGUUUACCGAACGGUACGGUAGUCGGAAUUUAA